AAUACAUAUGUGCUUAGACCACGCCCAACCCAUGCACCGAAUAAGAAUUUGAGAUGCAUUAAAAUUGAGGUUCUUUAUUGUAUAAAUAGAACGACAGGAAUGUGGCUACUGAUCUCCAGAUUCAAACUAUAGAAGGCGGAAGUUCCAAAGAACCAAAAGCGCAGAUGUAGUGCAUCACUGAAUUCUAUACUUUAACUGGACUCACACGCGUAUGAAGCAUUAGCAAAGUGUCUGGAACAGCCGAGGAAAAGAUUUCGCUGUGAGUUGUGAUUCCAAUGGAGACAAAAACCAACUAAAGUAACUAUUUUAGGAAAGGAGCCAAUUAACAGUGAGAUGUUGAAUGGUUUAGUUUAAAUACACGAAUACAUGACAAUUCAAGUAAAACUUCUUAACUUGGUAAAGGAAUAAGAAUGGUCACACGUUUUUAUUGCGUCCAUGAUUAUAAUUAUGACGGUAGUUAAUUCAAAAUGUUGAAAUUUUGACGGAUUGUUGAACGAACCUAUUCCUUGUUACAUGCCCAAACAAACGAAUUUAUCACCUUUAUAUUAAGAGAACUUGUUUGAUCACGUCAAUACACAGGAACAUAUCACUAUAUGUAUAGCUAUGAAAAGCUCUAUCGGAAAAAAGGGUUCAAGCCUACUCUUUACAGCACAACGUGAAUGAAAUAUGGAUACAUGCAACGAAGAAAGACCAUUGACUUUAGUUCACUACGAGUUGGGAAUGAUACUUCAAGUUUUAUCUAUUACAAAUUACACUGCUGCGAUGAUGUAAUAAAAUAUUUAGAUGAGUAACCCUGCUGCAGUAGCAGUUCAAGUAGAGGAUGCCGGAGAUGGAAGAUGGAUGAGUAUGCAUAACAGAUUUAAAAUAGAAGCAAAGAGAAUGGCUUCAAAAUGUCAGUUGUUGUUUAUUGGCGAUUCAAUUAUCCACCAGAUGUUCGAUAAAGAGAUUUGGCGAACACUUUUUGAGCCAUUGGGCUCACUGAACUUUGGCAUUGGCGGCGACAGCACACAACACGUAUUGUGGAGAGUUCAAAAUGGUGAAUUGGAGCAUAUUGAUCCAAAAGUUGUCGUUCUUUUGGUGGGCACAAAUAAUGUCGCUCAUACGCCAUCUCACACAGCGGCUAAUAUUGUGGAGGGGAUUGAAUCUAUCGUAUGGUAUAUCAAUGGAAUAAAUUCAAGUAUUAAAAUCCUAGUUCUGGGGCUGUUACCACGAGGUGAAUUUCCAAAUCCGUUGCGAACUAAAAUCAUGGAUAUCAACAGCUUACUGGAAACUUCCAUAAAUAUCAUUCCAAAUGCGACAUUUCUUAAUGCAGAUCCUGGCUUUGUUGACGGGGAAGGAAAGAUAUCAGCCAAAGAUAUGGCCGACUACUUGCAUUUGACUUGUUCUGCAAACGAGAAAGUUUGCACUAAAAUAUACGAGGCACUGAUAAAGCUGAUGAAGUAUACCUGAUUUUUUUGCACUUCGCUAAUCUUUUGAUGCAUGCAUACGGAUACAUAAUUAUAAAUAACAAAAUUCAAAUCAAAAGUAUGUCGAAUCUCAGAUAUUGUGUUUUAUCAUAUGGAUAUGUAGUAUGAAUAGGGAUAUCAUAUGGAUAUCAUAUGAUAUCAUAUAUGGAUAUCAUAUGGAUAUGUAGGAAAGUAGAGCAUAAUCUGCACAUGCCAUGCACAUGCAUAUGAAUAGGGAUAUCAUAUGAUAUCAUAUGAUAUGAUAUCAUAUAUGGAUAUCAUAUGGAUAUGUAGGAAAGUAGAGCAUAAUCUGCACAUGCCAUGCAUAUGAAUAGGGAUAUCAUAUGAUAUCAUAUGAUAUGAUAUCAUAUAUGGAUAUCAUAUGGAUAUGUAGGAAAGUAGAGCAUAAUCUGCACAUGCCAUGCACAACAUCGAGAACAUGGCAUAUUUUUGACAGCUUAAUCUUAAUGUUUCUGACGCUGCUUUUCAUAUGACAAAAAUGAGACAAAACAAAAGGAGCACUUAUUAAAAUUGAUCUUCAAACAGUAGGUGACAGUUCAUCAAUGGUCCACAAUUUUUAUGAGAUUAUUAAUGAGAAUGUUUUAAUGAAGUUCAUUUAAAGAGACGGCAUCGAAAUUGUUAUUUUUAAUGUCAAAAACGUAAUUAUAGACCUUGGCACAUGACGUUGCUUCAUUAAUUGUCUUUGUCCAGCCAUAUAUGAACCCUUAUUGCAUAAUUUUUUUUAUUAAAACUGAUCUGGAGGACAAUUCUUAUAUAGGUAAUGAUGAUAGUGCUAUGGGUCUUCUUGUCAGUACAGUUUAUAUUAAAAAUAACAAUUCAGUCCUUUGAAAAACGUUUUUGCAUGCUGAAGAGCUAUAUAUCGUACGUAAUAAAACAAUUGUAAUAACAAUAAUCCUAUAGCAAUAGAAAUGAAUAU